AAGAGCUUCGCCGAGACGAGUGUGAACCUCGUUCGUGUAAAUAAGCCACUACUAGUGUAUUACCAAAAUGUUGGUGGGAUGAACACACGAAUCAUCGAGUAUCAUCUUGCAUGCUCAGACACAUCUUAUGAUGCUUAUGCUUUCACUGAAACCUGGCUCAACGAAAACACUAUAUCGCAGCAAAUUUUUGGACCAACCUAUGAUGUAUACCGACGUGACAGGUCGUUAACGAAUAGCAAUCAACGAUCCUGAAAUUAUCAACCGUCAUAUAACUUCACUCACCUGGAUUACAUCCCGCAUGAAACUGACUGAUAACAUUAUCAUACUUGGAGAUUUUAAUCUGCCAGGUAUUGCUUGGUCUAAAGGAACACAAGCUGAUUUAUUUCCUGAUUUAUCUCGUUCCACAAUUAGCGUGACAGCUACGAAAUUGCUUGAUGAGUAUUCUACUGCAGGGUUAUGUCAAAUUAAUGAUAUUUCCAACGAUAAUAACCGAUUUCUUGAUCUGUGCUUCGUAAGUAAUGAAUUGUUAUCCAAAAUAAUUGUUGCUAGAGCUCCCGCCGCACUUGUAAAAACGUGUCGGCAUCAUCCUCCACUUCUCGUGUCGUUCAUCAAGUCCAAUACAACCAAUUUCACGAAUACUGCAGAAUCAUUUUAUUAUAGUUAUCAGUACGCCGACUUCACAUCGAUGAACCAUUUCCUCAACGCUUUGAACUGGGAUGAACUGUUGAUUCAACAGGAUGUUGAUGCAACUGCUGCGAAUCUUUCUUAUGUACUUUUAUAUGCUAUAGACCAAUUUGUUCCGAAGAAACGAAAGAAAGUUCCUGUCCACCCACCAUGGUCCAAUUCCAGCCUACGACGCCUGAAGACUAUUAAGAAAGCUGUAUUAAGAAGAUUCUCGAGAUACCGCAAUGAUUUGUGGAAAUCUCGCUGUGUUACCGCAAGUAAAAACUAUAGAAUCUUGAAUAAGAGGCUCUUCGGCGAACACCAAAGUCGAGUACAACGUAAACUGAAGCUUAAUCCAAAAUGCUUCUGGAAACACAUAAAUCUACAGAGAAACGAGUCAGGGUUGCCAUCUGUUAUGACUUAUGAACAGGAAGAAGCCUCUACGAUUCCUAGCAUUAGUGAUUUAUUCCGUCGGCAAUUUAGCCGUGUUUUUGUUGAUAAUUCAAUCAGCGACAUUCUCAUCCAAAGGGCAGUUGAAAACACGCCAGUUUUACCUGAAAUUGGUCCUCAUCCAAUCAUUGAUGCAAUGACUGUUCUCAACGUUUGCUCAAAACUGAAAGCAUCAUCAAACUGUGGGCCUGAUGGAAUUCCAUCCAUAAUCUUGAAACGCUGCUCUGCUAGUCUUUCUCUGCCAUUAUCAACUUUAUUCAACAACUCUAUUCAAUCCGGAAUUUUUCCCAAAGCUUGGAAACAAUCAUUUGUAUUCCCUGUAUAUAAAAAAGGCUGCAAGAGAAAUGUGAAAAAUUAUCGUGGAAUUGCUUGCUUAUGUGCUAUGUCCAAGCUGUUUGAGGCAAUUUUACUCGAUUUCAUGCACCAUGCAUGUAAAAAUUACAUAGCGGAGGAGCAACAUGGAUUCGUACCUAAACGUUCCACGUCCACGAAUUUGUUGCUUUACACAUCAUUCAUUUCAAAAACGCUAGAAUCCAGAUCCCAAGUCGACGCUAUAUACACGGACUUCUCAGCUGCUUUUGACAAGAUCAAUCACCAAAUUACAAUUGCUAAGCUGCAUCGCAUCGGGUUCAAUGGACCACUACUGCAUUGGUUGGAAUCAUAUUUGACUGGUCGAACAAUGAGCGUCAAAAUAGGUGACUUCAUAUCCUCCCCUUUCGACGUAACAUCAGGCGUUCCACAAGGAAGUCAUCUAGGACCAUUGAUUUUCGUACUAUAUUUGAACGAUGUCAAUUCUGUUCUCAAAUGUAUGAAGCUUUCAUAUGCUGAUGACUUCAAACUCUUCGUGCGUGUAAAUAACCGUGAUGAUGCGACUUUUCUACAGCGACAGUUAGAAAUCUUUGCCAGCUGGUCUGAAGCAAAUUGUAUGUCGCUGAACUCAUCAAAAUGCUCUGUCAUCUCUUUUUCUCGCAAACACACAACGAUACAGUACGAUUAUGAGCUUUUCGGAUCGAUACUCAACAGAGUCACAUGUAUAAAAGACCUGGGAAUUAUUUUAAAUUCGAAGAUCACGUUCAGCGAACAUAUCGCAUACGCAGUCUCAAAGGCUUCCAAGGCUCUUGGAUUCAUUUUCCGCACUACUAAACACUUUACGGACAUACAAUGCCUUAAGGUUUUAUAUUGCUCUCUGGUUCGCUCGAUUUUGGAGUACGCUUCGGUCGUCUGGGCUCCAUAUUACCACAAUAACAUACAAAGAGUGGAGUCUGUGCAGCGUAAAUUUGUCCGUUAUGCACUGCGUCGUCUCCAUUGGAAUGACCCUCAAAACCUUCCAAGAUAUGAAGAUCGUUGUAAGCUCCUGGGUUUGGAUCAGUUAUGCGUGCGACGUAACACAGCUAGAGUUGUUUUCGUUUACGAUCUCAUCCAAGCCAACAUCGACUGUUCUGGAUUGUUAAGUUGCAUUAAUUUCAACGUCAGAAGGAGAAAUCUGAGUAACCACGAAUUUCUCCGCCUUCCAACUGCACGAACUAAUUACUCUCACCAUGAGCCUGUUGCUAGCAUGGCUCGAACAUUCAAUCGCCAUUUUGAAAACAUCGAUUUUCAUAUAUCAAGGAACAGAAUAAAAAAUCGUCUUAGACAAGCUCAAACGUUAUUAGGUUAAGACAAUUAGUUAAGUAGUUAGUAUCAUUAGGGUUCAAUGUCAACCUGUUGAUAAAUAGUUAAAUAAAUAAAUAAAUUACUAAAUGUAAAUCUAAAUUAAUUUAUUAGAAAAUGAACUAAAUCAACACGAAAUGUAUUCUAGGAAAUUUUUAUCGUAUAAUACAAACGGAUUAAAAACACAGAAUUUUCUUCUUCAUCGUGCUGGUUGCGUGCGGACGCAACAUCUUGAGAAUUACAAAUAUUCAAACUUUCAAGCAAGUUUGCAAUGAAAAACUAAAACGAACGAAAAUACUAAUAUACCAACCACCAAAACUGGUUGAAGACAAAGACGAGAUACAAAGAAUACUGAAACAAUAUCAUGACACACCUACGGGAGGUCAUGUAGGAGCAAAUAGACUAUAUCUGAAGUUACGUUACUAUUAUUAUUGGAGAAACAUGAAGAAAUCCACAUUUGAUUUCGUAAAAACUGCAUUAGUUGUCAUAAAAACAAACACACCAAUAAAAUUAAUGAAAAUUUUGUACUGACGCCUACACCCCAGAAACCAUUUGACUCAAUAGCCAUGGACACUAUAGGACCAUUUACAAAAUCAAACACAGGGAAUAGGUAUGCACUAACUAAACAAUGCGACCUAUCUAAAUAUGUAAUCAUCAAACCAAUACCUAACAAACAGGCAGAAACUUUAGCAAAGGCAUUCGUUGAAAGUUUUAUUCUUAUUUACGGGACACCUUCGACCAUUAGAACAGAUCAAGGUAUCGAAUAUAGGAAUGAACUUUUCAUUAAAAUAGCUGAACUCCUACAUAUGAAACAAUCAUUCUCAACACCUUAUCACCCACAAACGAUCGGAGGGCUUGAGAGAAAUCACCGUUGUCUAAAUGAAUACAUAAGACAGUUCGUCAACGAAUCACAAACUGAUUGGAAUGAAUGGCUACCUUAUUAUUCAUUUUGCUACAACACUACCCCUUGUCCUGAUUUCCAUUUUACACCGUUUGAAUUAAUUUUUGGUCACCAAGUAGUACUUCCUCAAAAUGUUAUGAAUCCAAAAGCAAUAGAGCCAAAUUAUAAUAUAGAUCAAUAUCAUUUCGAAUUAAAACAAAGAUUACAAGCAGCCAGAAAUAAAACCCGACAGUUAAUCGCUAAACAUAAAGUACAGCAAAACAAGAAACACAAAACCCAAGCAAAACCUAUAGAAACCAAAAUUAAAGACAAAGUUAUGAUAACAAAUGAAAAUCGUAACAAACUGGAUCCGGUAUAUAAAGGACCAUAUACAAUUAUUAGAAUAAAUCAUCCUAAUGUAACAAUAAGUAACGAAAAUUCGGACACGCAAGUAGUCCAUAAAAAUAGAUUAGUUAAAAUAAAUUCGCAAUGAGUUUUCGAUAAGCAACAAAAAUCAAAUACACAUGCAUACUAAAACAUAUCACUUUAAUUCGUUAUUUUUCUAAUGUGAACUCAAAUUCAAGCCCGUUUACCUUCUCUCGGAACGCAAUGAGCAUUCCUUCCCAAAGGGGGAUGGUGUAGCAUCCCUAUGCAUCUUCAUCGUGCAUUUGAUUCAAUAACCCAAAAACGAUAUUGCAUAGAAAGCAAUGUUAAAAACAUUGUUUCCAAACGACCCAGAAGCAAAUUAUUGCUUCACACUCAUUCCUCACUGGGUCAUAAAAUAUUAUUGCUAUUCGACACUUUUCCUUGUUUAUUUUUCUGUCUCUCGCCGCAUGUACACUUUGCGUACAAACAGCGAUUCGUCUUCCGCAUGGGCUAACACAUGGUUACCAUAAAGAACCAUCUGGUUGUUUUCCAAACACCGAUGGUGGCUUGAGUU